CCACGCUGACCAACAUCUUGGUACAUUAGCAGAAGCCGUGUGUGUAGCAGCGGCACCAGCAAAAUGCGAGAGAUUACAUCAAUAUCGCACCUUUUUAGGUCAUUUUCUAUAUUUUAUCUAGCUCUGGAUUUUCAUAUAUACGGUAUAUUUGGUAAUAAUGAUGUAGAGCGCCACCUGGAGAUGGGGAAGAAGUUUCUAGCUGCGGGACAGCUUGUAGAUGCUUUGACACAUUUUAACGCAGCUAUAGAUGGGGAUCCCAGUAAUUACUUGGUGUAUUUUAGAAGAGCCACAGUUUAUUUGGCUUUAGGAAAAUCAAAGUCCGCUCUUCCAGAUCUAAACAAAGUUUUAGAGUUGGAUCCAAAGUUCCAGGCAGCCAGGCUGCAGAGGGGGAAUGUUUUACUAAAACAAGGGAAGCUCUCUGAAGCGGAGGAAGAUUACCUGGCUGUGCUUGAAGUAGAAACCAGCAAUGCCGAGGCACAAAAACAGCUCCAGUUGUUGGAGCCUCAGAGAGAAAACAUCAGACUAGCCAAGGAAUACUAUGAACAACAUGACUUCCAGGCAGCUAUUGACGCUGUGUCACUGGCAAUAGAUGUGAGUCCCUGGGAUGCGGACCUCCGUGAGUUGAGAGCCGAGAGCUACAUUGCCCAGGGGAACUACUUCAAAGCGUCAGGGGACCUCAGGACCACCACCAAACUGGUGUCAGAUAACACAGAGGGUUAUUACAAGCUGAGUAACCUGCAUUAUGACAUGGGGGAAGCUGAGGAGGCGUUGCUACAAAUCAGAGAGUGCCUAAAGCUGGACCCAGACCACAAGCAAUGUUUCCCAUUUUACAAAAAAGUGAAAAAACUUACAAAACAGUUGCGAGACGUCCAGGAUUAUCAGAGCAAUGGGGCGUAUGAGGACUGUGUUAGCAAAUCAAAGGCUAUUCUAAAGACAGAAGACAGAGUGUUCUCCUAUAUACACAGAGCUAAAGGACAUGCCUGUCACUGUAAUAUGAAGGCAAAACAUAUAGAAGAAGCCUUUAAGUGGUGUAAAGAGAUACUAGAAAUAGAUGAAAAUAAUAUUGAAGCCAGGUGUGAUUUAGCAGAAAAUUAUAUUAAUAAUGAACAGUAUGAAGAAGCUGUUCAAGAAUACCAAAAAGCCACAAAUAUAGACAAAAACAACCAGAGAGCACAGGAAGGACAGCAGAGAGCACAGAAACUGCUGAAAAAUUCACAAAAGAGAGAUUAUUACAAAAUUUUAGGUGUAAAAAGAAAUGCAAAUAAAAGGGCUAUAAACAAAGCAUAUAGGAAACUAGCUUUACAGUGGCACCCUGAUAAAUUUGAUGGGGAAGAGAAGAAAAAGGCUGAAAAAAAGUUUAUGGACAUUGCAGCCGCCAAAGAAGUUUUAUCAGACCCAGAAAUGAGACAGAGAUACGACAACGGAGAAGACCCUCUGGAUCCAGAACAGCAACAGCAAGGUGGCCGCGGCAACCCGUUCUUCCAUGGGUUCAAUCCAUUCGGUAGUGACGGUUUCAACUUCAAAUUCCACUUCAACUAGGCAGCGAAGUUAAAGAGAGCGUGGAAAAAGACGCGUUAAUGCAAUAAUGCCACUUCUGUGUAUAAUCUCUGACUUGUUUCAACCAACAUUAUUUUUUGCAUAUUGUUUUACUCCUCAAAUGAAUACACUGGGGCGAUCACCUGGUUCGGCCAUAGGUAGAAGCUAGCAUGGCUCCUUUGGUGAAACGUUAAGAAUUUUGUUCUGAAUUUAGCUGAAAUAUUUGUCCGGGGCCUUGGGUCCGAUGCGUGUAAGUUUCUUUAAACUUAACCGCUUUAUUACAGUAUAGAUUAGCCAUCCAGUCGAGUUUUACAGGAAGAAAGUAUUUUUACCUACAACUGGACUUACUAUACAAUUUAUUGAAGCUGAAGACGUUGUAAUAUUCAAUGAUUCCGCCUGUGUUCUCAGGAGAUCAAUUUAAGGCUCGGCAAGGUUGCCGACCAUAAUGAAUAACAAGUCCGGUAAUAGAUUUUAAAUGCCAUUCAUGCAACCUCCAUGUGUUCACACCUAUGGUACAAGAGGGUGUCAGUGGGAAUUUGAAAAGUUAAAGAGCUGGCCUGCUUUGACGAAUUGAAACUCCUUCUUAAAGACUACUGCAAGGUCAAGUCCUCGGUGGGUUCCCGUUGACCAUAAAUGACGAUUACGCGUUUUUGGUGGGUCUUAUGAAAAAUGAAAACAGCAAUCCGCAGUGGGAGAAACUUUAUUUCAUUUCAUACACAUUUCUAUCUGCCUUGUUAUUUCUUUUUAAAAUCCUUUUUGCCUGAAAUGUGUGUUUUUGUCCCCUUUUUGGCUUCAAAACGUGGGCAGAACCCAGGGAUGAUAAGUACGUUUCUAAACACCUCGCUAAGAAAAAAUCACUAGAAAGGUAUUGCAUUUCCAUUAGAAUCUUAUGAACUGGGCAUUUUAUAUUUUAUGUAAAACCCAAAGAAACGCUUGUUUUAAUAACCCUAUCUGGAUAGUUCGGAAACGGGAAUGUUCAUUUUUCUUUCAAGUAGUAAGUGAUGAAUAGAAUACCCCAGUAGUGAAAUGAAGUCACACGUGGGGAGUGUGGUUGUAUGUUUGAAGCUAUACUGUUACAAUACGAGGUUGUAUGUACAAACUAUAGCUGUUUCAUUUUGUCUGGAGAUCUCAAUGAUGUAGAAUACAAUGAAUUUGAAGAGUCCUUUUUCUCGCUGGAUAAUACGCAAUUUAUUAACAUAAGGUUUAAAACUUUGUCUGAACAUUUGUAUUUAUGAAAUAUAUUUUACGAUCAAAGUACUUGCUGUAACCAUAUUUCCAUUCCAUUGCAUUACACGUGCUCAAUAGGACGUUAUACUGUGGACGUCGAUCUGUACCUUGUGUGAACCGGAUUGGAUUUUAAGUACAAAGUAUUUUUAAGCGUGUUCACCCUUUGCGACGGCCCAGGUUGGGUACAUCGUGGGGUAUUAUCUCGAAGAGUAUACCAAAUAAAGUGUACAUUGUUGAUUUUCUUCA